AAGCUAUUCGAAAUCAAGUCAAAAGUCGAGAGCUCGAAGUCGAACAGGUGCAGCGUACAGUAGCACUCCGAUUCCGUGGAUUGUGGAAGAGAGUGUUCAUGUUAGUAUUGUUACAUGACUGUAUCCAGAUUGUGUUAUAUUACUUAUUAGUAUAGGGCUCCUAUUUUUGUUUCACUCCUGAAGUAAGUCUCGUAAUGUACCAGAGCGUAGAAGUAGAUCAUGUCUGAAGCAGAAGCUCGGUCGCCGGAAUCAGCCAAAGAGCGGCUGCAAGAGAGACUCAGUAGUCGUUCAGAAGCUGAAGCCUCGAACAACGAAGAGCUUGCAGCCAAUGAAGAAACUCUUGACCCGUACGGUUUUGUUCGUGGAGAUCGAUUUGAUCAUGCUGAGUAUGACACCUUCAACGCUGCAUAUACAACUGUGUUGGUGAGACGUACCAGGCGUUGGACAUCAGUUAAUUAUAAUGCACGGCAUAGAAGAUUGAAGCGGUAUAUUCGGAAAGGCGUGCCAUCCAGCAUGCGUCGUGAAGUGUGGUUAUCAGUAUCAGGUGCAUCGGACCUCCUGGCUGAAUCACCGGGACUCUACGAUGAACUGAAAGACAUUUCUAAACUGGAAGAGAAACACAGCAGACCUAUUGAACUCGACAUUCAUCGUACCCUUACAGACAAUGUAUAUUUUCGGCUGGACGGGGACAAAAGCAAAUUGAAGCUUGACUCGCUGCGCAAUGUUCUUGUUGCCAUUGCGAAGCAUCGUCCAUCGAUUGGCUAUUGUCAGGGUUUGAAUUUUGUGACAGCAUAUCUUCUCCUAAUUGUGGAAAAUGAGGAAGAAGUGUUUUGGCUGAUGAUUGCCUUGUUAGAUUCCUUACCUGACUAUUAUGGCGAUAAGCUGCGUGGCAUGCAAAUGGACUGCUACGUGCUUCAGCAGCUGGUUAAAAUGAAAAUGCCACGGCUUCAUGAUCAUUUCCUCCGGCAUAGCUGCUCUGUGGACCUGUUUGCUACGAAGUGGUUCAUUAACCUGUUCCUUGACUGUCUCCCACAAGAGACAGCGUUCAGAGUUUUGGAUUGUUUGUUCUACGAGGGUUCUAAAGUGCUGUUUCGUGUCGCGCUGACCAUACUCAAGCAUGAAGAAGAGCGCCUCCUGUCUUUCUCUGACAUCGGUGACCUGCUGAUGUUCAUGAAGGAAAUUCUCACUCAGAAUUGGAUGCUGCAUUGCCAUGAGUUCAUGGAGUCGGUCUUCAGUGUGCCACAACCACUGCCCGGCAAGAUGAUCCGCAAGUUGCGCAUCAAAGCCCAGACUGACAAAUCCCUGUAGUUGGACUGACUAAACCAGCCUCUCUCGCAUUCUCCCUCUCCUCUCCUCUCUCUCUCUCUCUCUCUCUCUCUCUCUCUCUCUCUCUCUCUCUCUCUCUCUCUCUCUCUCUCUCUCUCUCUCUCUCUCUCUCUCUCUCUCUCUCUCUCUCUCUUGAAUCAGUUGAACAACAACCUGGCCUGUCUCGUGGUGCCCUGGUAUGGCCGUAUGUGUGCCUACUUACCCGCUGUUAGCAUUGCAUGUCUGCCUCUGCCUUCCCCUACUUCUCAGCUCUACUAUUUAAUAUGUCUCUCAUUCUAGUCUACGUUUGUAAUCUUAUCUUUUAGUACCUUCUGCUUUUCGUUUCUGGAGUUGUUGAAUCAUUUGGCAGCUCAGUCAUUAUCAGGUGACCGUCACUGUUUGGGGUUGUCUUGUUUUCUGAUGUGUCCCUGCUUUCUCUGUGUAUUUUCCAUAGAACUGGCAACAUACAUGUAAUUAUAUGCCCAUCUUUCACUUGAUAAGAAGUGCGCUGGUCCGCCUUACUUUCUUGUAACAUAUUUCUCUAGCUGCUUCCAAUAUUGUCUUGUAUAAUUACUAUGCAGUGUGUGUGUGUGUGUGUGUGUGUGUGUGUGUGUGUGUGUGUGUGUGUGUGUGUGUGUGUGUAUGCGCGUGUGUGCGUGUCGUUUGUGAUAAUGUUAUUGGUGGUGUGAUGCAAUCAGAUGGUCUGGUAACGCGUAUGUGUCUCUCCAACCCAACGCCACAACGGUUCGAUGACUUGAUCCUAAUAAUUGUUCUACUGUGUGGAUGGAGUUGACAUUAUCCCACCGGUCAUGUGCUCAGUUUUCUGUCCUUAUUUUCUUUCCAAUUUCAUUAUCCUGAAUGCCUUUAUAAUUUAUAUCUCUGCGUCUAUAUGAUUGUCCAACGAACGGUUGUCCAACGAA